CACACUUACCAUAAUUUCAGCAUAAAAACAGUGAAAGAAAAAUGAACCCAUUUACCAAAGGGGUUAUCAUCAAUGUCUACAUUGAAUCAUCACAAAUUCCUUCACCAAAUAGAAAAAAUGGCUCCAUCAAGAUGAUCAAUCCAAAUCCAUUUUGUUCCAAGACUGCAGGAUAUGAUCGUCGUAGGCAACUCCUUGAAUAUGCUCAAGAAUUAAGGCAUGGUAAUGAUCCACUUGCACAAGGGCCCCAAAAGAAUUCGAGGCCAAAACACAAGAAAUGCAGAUGGUCACUUCCAAUGCAAAGGAUCAAAUUAUUAUUUUCGGGAUUUCCUCGAAGAACAAGGCAAUGGAAGUAUGAGCGAAUUAGCACCGAGAAGUACAGUGAUGCUGAAGGAUCAAGCAAUCAAGAAAGGAGAAAAACUAAAGCCAAAGGCAGAAAAUCAGAUUCUCAUUUUUGUAAGAAACUGAAGAUUUUCUUGAAGGAAAUAUCGCAUUCAUGGCAAUGCAACAGAGGAAAUUGCUGAUUUAUUUGUUUUUUGUUAGAAGAAUCAGGUUGGGAGAUUUUGGCAGUUAAAUUUUCCUAUUCAAUAAUUUAUUCUGCAACUUUAUAUGUUUGGUGAACUUUAUUCAAAAAAAUUAUC